AUGAUAACUUUGCCUGGGGAUCUAUACCGACAUGGUGUUUUCCCCAAGAGCUCGGAGCAAGAAAGCCCCAUCCAGGAUGGAAGAUUCCAAAUCAUGAAUGGAGUGACUCCCAUAAUGAAUGGGCAAGACUCUUUUGCCUUGCCCUCAAUGUUAUAUUAUCCUAGAACCAGCUCUUUCCUCCUCUACCUCUUGGGAUUGGGGCGAAAAGCAUGGAUCGCUAGUCGAAGAUCCCUGAGUUCUCUUUCCUUCUUUCUGCUGAUGGAAAUGUCCUAUGGUGCCUUCAAAAGAGCUGAUCAAGGGACAAGUCUAAACCUUGUUAGAGUCCUUUCUUCUCUGCUACAGCAUUUAACGAAGAAAUACACCUUAAAGUUCAUAAGACGAAAAGAGAUUUUUGAGGACCUUAUACUCAUUAUGCCUAGCAUUGAAUAUACUGGUAUUCACCCUAUCAAUAUCUUUAAUCAAGGGUGGAGUCUGUUUGGUACCUAA